GUUGCUUGCCAAGCAAGAGACAUGGAUGUUAAUCUUUUAUUGACAACGACACUACUGUGUAUUACCAGGCUUUGUCCUGCUGUGUGUGGGGUUAAUUUAGGCACCUGCAUCCUCCAAGCUGACCCUCAGCCCCCUGCAGUUUUCAAGGAUGGAGACUUUGUCAUUGGAGGGGCUUUCACCAUUCAUUACUAUCUGAAGACAGAGAAGCACAUCUACAUUAGACGGCCACGACCACUUGAGUGCAUUGGCAGCAUGGACUUCAGGGAGCUGCGCUUUGCUCGUGCCUUGCAGUUCGCCAUCCAAGAGAUCAACAACAGCUCUGAUCUUUUACCAGGCAUAAAAUUAGGGUAUCAUAUAUAUGAUUCUUGUGGCUCUGUGCCAAUGGCAAUUAAAGUAGCAUUACAGCUUGCCAACGGACUAGAUCUAAUUUUUAACGACACUGAUUCCUGUGCAAAAUCAGCUGCAGUUCCCGCACUCGUGGGAGAAUCUGGUUCCACGCCGUCUAUAAGCACUUCAAGAUUGUUCGGUUCCUUUGGAAUUCCACAGGUGAGUCAUUACGCAACGUGCGCGUGUCUCAGUGACAAGCGGCAGUAUCCUACUUUUUUCAGGACCAUCCCCAGCGAUCACCAUCAAGCGGCAGCACUGGCACGGAUGGUCAAGCACUUCGGAUGGACGUGGAUCGGGGCUGUGCGCAGUGAUUCAGACUACGGGAACAAUGGCAUGGCAUCAUUCCUGAAAGCCGCGGAGCAGGAGGGAAUCUGUGUGGAGUAUUCUGAGGCCUAUUACAGGACCCAACCACGCAGCAAACUGAAAAAAAUGGCUGAAGUCAUUCGAAGAUCAACGGCUCGUGUAAUAGUUGCCUUCCUGGCCUCAGGUGAUAUGAGACUUCUUUUAGAAGAGCUGAGCCAGCAGCCUCCUCCCCCGAUGCAGUGGAUUGGCAGUGAGUCGUGGGUUACAGACCCAGAAAUGCUUCGGUAUAAUUUGUGUAUCGGUGUAGUGGGUUUUGCAAUCCCGCGAUCUGUUAUCCCGGGUCUUCGUGAGUUUUUACUUGACCUGUCUGCAGAGCAGGCGGUGGAAUUUCCCCUGCUGACAGAAUUCUGGGAAAGUUCAUUCAGCUGUAGUCUAAACCGGCAGACAGGUUCUUCUACUGGUAUGCCAGCAUGUGAUGGCACAGAGGACCUGCGCGCUUUACAGAACCCGUACACAGACACGUCCCAGUUGCGCGUCACAAAUAUGGUGUACAAAGCCACAUAUGCUAUAGCGCAUGCCCUCCAUAGCAUUGUCUGUAAGGAAAGUCGAUGUGACAAAAGCAUCAUAGUUGAUCCCCAUAAGGUUUUUGAUCAACUCAAACGGGUGAACUUUACAAAAAAUAAUUAUUCCGUUUCAUUUGACACUAAUGGAGACCCUGUGGCCGCAUAUGAACUUGUGAACUGGCAACUUCAAGGAGACGGUUCAGUUGAUUUUGUGACAGUGGGUCAAUAUGAUGCAUCCAAGCCUAAAGGCCAAGAAUUUAGUCUGAGCAGAGAUAUCCUUUGGUAUGAUGGCAGUGAAAAGGUGCCUGUGUCUGUGUGCAGUGAGAGCUGUCCUCCAGGUACGAGGAAGGCUGUGAAAAAAGGAAGACCUGUCUGCUGUUAUGACUGCAUUAACUGUGCAGAUGGAGAGAUCAGCAAUGAGACAGAUUCUUUAGAAUGUCACAAAUGCCUACCUGAGUAUUGGCCCAAUAAUGAGAAGGACAAGUGUCUUCCUAAACCUGUGGAGUUUCUCUCCUGGGAUGAGAUCCUUGGAAUUAUACUGGCUGCUUUUUCUGUUACUGGCUCUUUAGUGGCUUUGAGCAUAACUUUAGUGUUCUACAAAAACAGGACCUCUCCAAUAGUAAAAGCCAACAACUCAGAAUUAAGCUUCCUGCUUCUCUUCUCAUUGACUCUGUGUUUCCUCUGUUCACUUACUUUCAUUGGUCAGCCCACUGAGUGGUCCUGUAUGUUGCGUCACACAGCAUUUGGGAUCAUUUUUGUCCUCUGUAUCUCCUGUGUUCUGGGGAAAACAAUUGUGGUGUUAAUGGCCUUCAAGGCUACACUUCCAGGAAGUAAUGUUAUGAAAUGGUUUGGGCCUCCUCAACAGAGACUCAGUGUUUUGGGCUUCACGCUUGUACAGGUACUUAUAUGUGUGCUUUGGUUAACAAUAUCCCCUCCUUUUCCUUACAACAAUAUGCAACACUACAAAGAAAAGAUAAUUCUAGAAUGCAAUUUAGGAUCAGCAAUAGGUUUCUGGGCUGUACUGGGUUAUAUUGGUUUGCUAGCUUUCCUUUGCUUUGUUUUAGCUUUUCUUGCCCGAAAGCUGCCUGAUAACUUCAAUGAGGCUAAAUUCAUCACAUUCAGUAUGCUCAUAUUCUGUGCUGUAUGGAUCACCUUUAUUCCAGCAUAUGUCAGCUCUCCAGGAAAAUUUACUGUAGCUGUGGAGAUUUUUGCUAUUUUUUUGAUAAUUUUUUGGUCUGGUUUUGUUUUAAUUCUCUGUAUUUUUGCUCCAAAGUGUUUCAUUAUUGUAUUUAGGCCAGAGCAGAAUACCAAAAAACACCUAAUGGGUAAAGUACCAUCAAAAGCCCUCUGAGUCACACAACAAAAGCACUGCAGAGGUGCACACAGUAAUUAACAUUAAACAUUAUAUAUUCUGUGAAUUUAAAGCAUCAGUGGGUUUUUUUUUUCUUUCUUAAAGUCUGUGCUGUAUGUGCAAUAUAUUCUUUCUGGUCCUCAAAUCUGAUUGGAUGAUAAGAGUGUGAGAUUAGAGUCCAACAGAAGUCCGUUUCACCAUUUCGAUCACUCUGCUUGGCCCCGUAUUUCUCACAACGAGUGUCAUCGCAGAUGCCUAAAUCCACUAUAAUUAAAAAAAUAAUAAUACUGUUUUGUUGUCACGGAAUGUAGUGUUUUUUUUGUUUUUUGUUUUUUUUUAGAAUGUACUUGUUUGGACCUCAAAUAUGCAGUUUGUUAAUAAAUAUUAUGUCUAUUUGAAAAUUUGCUUUGACAUUUUCUGAGAUGUGAGCUCCAGGGCGUCAGCGGCCAUUCAGCACUCAUAAACCUGCAGAGAGUGCCUAACCUUGGCCAGAUCUUCUGGAAUUUGCCGCUGACUCUGAUGUCUAUAUAGUGGUUAAAUCUUACGGCCAGUCUUUGGUCUCAUUAAUCUAUUAUUUGUUCUAGAGCAAAUAGUUUUGGCUGAGGGCAAAAUCUCUUCACGUUAUAUUUGUAACUUUUGACUGAAUUGCCUAGAAACUUUUAU